AUGCAGGUGACUCGCCGAGGGCUGGGCAGUCUGGGGGGAGGAGGCCGUGGAUGCCGCCGUUCUGGGUACGUGGCCUGAACCAAGCAGACUGCGCGGAAGACGGCGGUUGGCAAGGCCCCAUGCAAGCAGCUGGCCGCCAAGGUGGCUCGUAAGGACGUCCCCACCACGGGUGGCGUGAAGAAACCUCACCGCUACCGACCCGGGAUGGUGGUGCUGCGCGAGAUCCGCCGCUACCAGAAGUGCACGGAGCUGCUGCUCCGCAGGCUGCCCUGCCAGCGGCUGGUGCGCGAGAUCGCCCAGGACUUGACUGACCUGUGCUUCCAGAGCUCGGCUGCGACGGCGCUGCAGGAGGCAUGCAAGGCCUACCUGGUGGGGCUGUUCGAGGACACCAACCUGUGUGCCAUCCACGCCAAGCGGGUCACCAUCAUGCCCAAGGACAGGCAGUUGGUGCGCCGUAUCCGCGGGGAGCGGGCCUAGGAGGGCCAUCACCACCUGAGAGGCUGCGCGACCCUCAAAGGCUGUUUUAAGAGCCGCCCAUCUGGUCGGAAAAGUGGCUGUAGCAAGAGGCGUUCUUGGACUUUGCAGGAUUCCUUCUGCUGGCCGGUGCCGGCUCGCCUACCUGAGUAGGGUGGAGGCUGGCGAGUCCUGUGUAGUUCACCCUGUCCCGUUAGGUCAGCACACCGCGUU